GUUUUAGAUUGAGAUAGAUGAAGACAAUCUUUGAAUAAGUAGCAAGCGUUUAACUUGUGGAUCGUCAUAAUGUCGAAAAUUGUCUUCAAAAUUAAUGGAAAGGAAUACGAAGCGGACGGCCGAUAUGGCCCAGAAUUCUCUCUCAACGACUUCAUCCGAACGGUGGCAGAUCUUCGAGGCACGAAGGUGAUGUGCCACGAAGGGGGGUGCGGCGCGUGCAUAGUGUGCGUCAGAGCUGCGGUACCCCCUUCGAAUGAGAUGAAGACGUUCUCUGUUAAUUCGUGUCUUGUAUCCGUACUAUCAUGCCAUGGAUGGGAGAUAAUGACAGUAGAAGGAAUCGGCAACAGAACUAUUGGAUAUCAUGAGAUACAGACUCGACUGGCUAAGUUCAACGGUACACAGUGUGGUUACUGUACUCCAGGGUGGAUUAUGAAUAUGUAUAGUAUUUACGAAUCAAAAAACAAAAAGCUUUCCAUGCAAGAGAUAGAAAACUCAUUUGCAAGUAACAUCUGCAGAUGUACAGGAUACAGACCUAUAGCUGACGCCUUCAAAACAUUCGCAACUGACGUCCAUGAUGACCUAAAAAACAAACUAGAUGAUAUCGAAGACUUGUCGUUUUUCAAGCCAUGCGGAGUUUCUUGCAACAAAAAAUGUGUACAUAAAACAAAGUGCCAUGAUACAGAGGUUAAUGAAGGUGACUGGUGCGUUUUAGCUAAAGAUAAUAAUAAAAUGAUAGUGAUCGAUUGCGGAUCUCAUAAAUGGUAUAAAGCGUUUUGUUUAGAUGACGUCUUUGAAGUGAUGGGCAAAGCCAAGGAUGACUAUAAGUUGAUAGCUGGGAAUACAGGACAAGGUGUCUAUCAUGUCACAGACUACCCUGGCACAGUUAUAGACAUCUUCAACGUACCAGAACUAAAAGGCCACAUAAUUGAUGUCAACUUGAUACUUGGCGCUGGAAUGCCUUUGUCUGAAAUGAUGGACCUUUUCCUACAACUGUCGAAUUCUAAUGAAGACUUUUCAUACUUGAAACAAUUUCACGAGCACAUGGAUCUUGUCGCUCAUAUCCCUGUUCGAAAUAUUGGAACUAUAGGAGGAAAUUUAUUCAUGAAACACACAAACAACGACUUUCAAUCAGAUAUUUUCUUGCUUUUCGAAACAAUUGGUGCUAUGGUCACAAUUGCGGAAUCUUCUCAGAAAACGAAAGCUGUUACAUUUAUUGAAUUCCUUAAUACUGACAUGAAAGGCAAAAUUAUAAUGAAUAUUUUGCUGCCACCACUGUCUCAAUGCUGUUUAUUUAAGUCAUACAAGAUAAUGCCUCGGUCGCAAAAUGCACACGCAGUUGUGAAUGCUGGUUUCCUCUUCAAAUUGAAACAAAAAUCUAGUAUAAUAGAAAAAGCAUCGCUUGUCUUUGGUAGCAUAACGCCAAAAUUCAGUCAUGCAACAAAAACAGAAGCUAUAUUAGCUGGAAAAGAUCUAUUUACAAAUGAGACACUUCAAAUAGCCGUGAAGACAUUAGUAGAUGAAGUUUCACCAGAAGAAAUGCCUCCAGAGCCUUCAGCAGCUUACAGGAAAAUGUUAGCGGUUACUUUAUUUUAUAAGGCAAUCUUGUACUUAUGCCCGGAUGACAAACUUGACAAGAAGUUUCGAUCUGGUGGUGAGGCCAUAAAACGACAUACAUCACAAGGAACACAGACUUUUGAUACUGAUAAAAGCGUCUGGCCUUUAAACCAACCUGUACCUAAGCUGGAAGCUCUGGUACAAUGUGCAGGUGAAGCCACAUUUGCGAAUGAUCUGCCAAAGCAAACUGGAGAAGUUUAUGCAGCGUUUGUUACAGCUGAUGUGAGACCUGGGAGUAUCAUUAGUGGCUUUGAUGCCACAGAAGCACUCAAAUAUCCUGGAGUAAUUGCGUUUUACACCGCUAAAGACAUACCCGGAGAUAAUUCGUUUACUCCUCCAAAUGUGCCCGUCAUAAUAGAAAAUGAAGAAAUUCUAUGCUCCGAAAAAGUGAAAUACUAUGGAGAACCAGCUGGAAUAAUCGUUGCUGAUAAAGAGAAAACAGCCAAUAAAGCCGCAAAACUAGUUAAAAUUAUAUAUUCAUCUACAAAUAAAAAUAAACCUAUUAUAUCUAUAGCAGAUGCAAUGAAAGCACCAGACAAGGAUCAAAGAAUAGUCAAUACCAGAACUAUUGAACCAACUGAAAAUGGCAAUGAUGUAAAAUGUGUUUUAUACGGAGAAUUCAAUGUAGGAACCCAGCAUCAUUUUUACAUAGAACCUCAAACUUGUGUAACUAAACCAACCGAAGAUGGAAUGGAAGUAUACUCUGCAUGUCAGUGGCUUGAUUUGCCGAAUGUUGCUAUAGCACAAAGUCUUAAAAUGCCAGUGAAUAAAAUAAAUGUCAUCAUACGCCGAGUGGGAGGGGCCUACGGAGGCAAAAUAACGCGCUCAUGCCAAAUUGCAUGUGGCGCGGCCUUGGUGACCCACUUGCUAGGGAGGACUUGUAGAUUUAUUCUGCCUUUGCAAACUAAUAUGAAAAUCAUUGGUAAAAGGCUAUCUACUUCCUGCAAUUUUGAGGUUGGUGUAAAUAAGGAAGGUGUGAUUCAAUUCUUAAAACACAAAUUCUAUCAAGACAAUGGUUGCUCAAACAAUGAAAACAUAAGCCCAGUUACAGUGAAUCACGUUCUAAAUUGCUACGACACUCGACGAUGGUACAUUGAAGCUAAUAGUGUUGCUACUGAUACACCUUCCAACACUUGGUGUAGGGCGCCGUCUUCAACUGAAGGUAUAGCGAUGAUAGAAUAUAUCAUGGAAAGAAUUGCUUACAAUCUGGGUAAAGAUCCUUUGGAAGUCAGAAUGAAAAAUAUGGCUAAAGAAAACAAUCCCAUUCCCGAGUUAAUUGACCAAAUAAAAAAGGACUCUAAUUACGAUGAACGCGUAAAUGAGGUGAAGCAAUUUAACGACGAAAAUAGAUGGAGGAAAAGAGCUAUCAAACUAAUUCCAAUGACUUACGAUAUAUUUUACAUCGGCCCUUACAAUUCUAUUGUAUCAAUUUAUCAUGCAGAUGGGUCUAUUUCUCUUACUCAUGGUGCAGCUGAAAUGGGACAAGGGAUAAACACAAAAGCAGCUCAAGUCUGCGCGUACAUGUUUGGUAUAGGUUUAGACAAAGUGAGUGUGAAACCAAGUUCUAGUUUUACAUCUCCAAAUUGCACAGCCACAGGAGCAAGUAUUGGUAGCGAAUGUGUAUGUUUCGCCACGAUGAAAGCUUGUGAAAUCAUUUUGGAGCGAUUGAAACCCAUUAGAGAAAAAUUAAACAAUCCAAUUUGGGAAGAGCUGGUGAAAGAAGCAAAUUCAGCUGGGGUAGACCUGCAAGCAUCUUAUGCUUACUCCUCGAAAGAUAAUGUGAAACCGUAUGAUAUUUACGGAGUGGUUGUCAUGGAGAUAGAACUGGAUAUUUUGUCUGGAAACCAUGAUAUACGAAGGGUUGAUUUGCUUGAGGAUACUGGAAGGAGUUUGAGCCCCCAAAUAGAUGUGGCACAGAUCGAAGGAGCAUUCGUGAUGGGUCUUGGUUACUGGACGUCUGAAAAUAACAUCAUGGAUCCUGACACCGGAAGAAUACUUACUGAUCGCACGUGGACUUACAAGCCACCGGGAAUCAAGGACAUUCCAGCUGACUUUAGAGUUUAUUUUAGAAGAAAUGCUAGCAACCCUUUGGGAGUAUUGCAAUCAAAAGCUACUGGUGAACCGGCGUUAUGUUUAGCUGUGGUGAUUACACACGCCUUGAGGGAAGCUGUUAGGUCAGCCCGCCUGGAUGCUGGUUACGAGGACCAAUGGGUGGACAUAAGGAAUCCUUGCACAGUGGAAAACAUAUUCAUGGCAGUCGGGCAUAAAGUCGAGCAUUUUAAGUUGAAACCAGACUGUUCGGCAGUCCAGAAGAUGCAGCUGCAGAAACCACUCAAGAUCGGGCUGGGGAUGAUGGGUGCGGGGCUCUUCGGCAUCAUAUUUGGAUGGGUGCUGUUCCCUGUCAUCCUAAAGAGCCAGUUGAAGAAGGAAAUGGCGUUGUCGAAAAAAACCGACGUGCGAGCCAUGUGGGAGAAGAUUCCCUUCGCCCUGGACUUCAAAGUGUACAUGUUCAACUACACCAAUGUGGAGGAGAUCAUGAAGGGUGCCGCUCCCAUCGUCAAGGAGAUCGGGCCUUUUCACUUUGAUGAAUGGAAGGAGAAGGUGGACAUCGAGGACCACGAUGAAGACGACACGAUUACCUACAAGAAGAGGGACUACUUCUACUUCAGGCCAGACAAGUCAGGACCGGGGUUGACCGGGGAAGAGGUAGUGGUUAUGCCACACCUGCUUAUGUUGAGUAUGGCCACUAUCGUGAACAACGACAAGCCAGCCAUGCUGAACAUGCUGGGGAAAGCCUUCAACGGGAUCUUCGAUGAGCCGAAGGACAUCUUCAUGAGGGUGAAGGUCCUGGACCUCCUGUUCCGAGGGAUCAUCAUCAACUGUGCCCGAACUGAGUUCGCGCCGAAGGCAGUCUGCACUGCUUUAAAGAAAGAAGGCGCUACUGGGAUGACUUUUGAGCCUAACAAUCAGUUUAGGUUCUCGUUGUUUGGAAUGCGCAACGGCACCAUAGAUCCCCACCUGGUCACCGUGCGCAGAGGCAUCAAGAACGUAAUGGAUGUGGGAAAAGUCAUCGCCAUCGAUGGGAAGACGGAGCAGGACGUCUGGAGGGACAAAUGCAACCAGUUCGAAGGAACGGACGGCACGGUCUUCCCACCUUUCCUUACUGAGAAGGACAACCUUGAGUCGUUCUCUGGUGACCUUUGCAGGUCAUUCAAGCCCUGGUACCAAAAGAAAACCUCCUACAGAGGGAUCAAGACGAACCGCUACGUAGCCAACAUUGGGGACUUUGCCAACGAUCCUGAACUGCAGUGCUACUGUGACAGCCCUGACAAAUGCCCUCCCAAAGGCCUCAUGGACCUCAUGAAGUGUAUGAAGGCACCGAUGUAUGCCAGUCUACCACACUACCUGGAUAGCGACCCACAGUUAUUGAAGGAUGUCAAAGGACUAAGCCCCGAUGCCAAUGAGCAUGGAAUCGAAAUUGACUUUGAACCGAUAUCAGGAACUCCAAUGGUUGCCAAACAACGCGUACAGUUCAACAUAAUACUCCUGAAAGCCGACAAAAUGGACCUCAUCAAGGACCUCCCUGGGACUAUGACGCCUUUAUUUUGGAUAGAAGAGGGUCUAGCUCUCAACAAGACCUUCGUGAAGAUGCUGAAGAACCAGCUCUUCAUCCCGAAGAGGAUCGUCAGCGUGGUGAAGUGGUUGCUAGCUGGCGUCGGAUUCGUGGGGCUUGUUGGCUCUGUGGUGUACCAGUUCAAGGGCAAAAUGAUAAACUUCGCACUUUCCCCGAGCUCCGCCCCGGUGACGAAGGUCAAUCCGGAGAUUAACCAGCAAAACCAGCCGAAGGACAUAAGCAUUAUCGGGGAGUCCCAGAACCCCCCCAAAGUGGACAUGUAAUCCUCAAUCAGGCGACUUCUGACGUUUUACAUGCGUUGGAGUCGCCGAUACGGCAUUAAUAGUUUCUCUCCAAUGUUUUGGACUCAAACAUUUAGAAUUGCUGUAUCACGUGUUAGGAAUAGAAAUAGACCUGCACAUAUUUAACUAGAGAUACCAAAGACCUUAGUUUUUACAGGAAUUUAAAUGUAGAGCAGAGCACACAAACUACGUAUAUUUUUUUCUUGAUAUUUCCUCAUUCGUUUAUAGAUUAGAAAGGCAUAUUUUAUGUAAUUAGUAAUAAACUUUAACUGAUUUUA